AACCGUCCGUCAUGCUCAAACCACUACUUCUUCUCCUCGUACUCGCCGGCGCUCACUCUGCGCCCCUCGGCGACCUCUACCUCCCCGUCGACGACGUCGAAAUCCUCACAAUCGAAAACUUCAAAAAGUACGUGGAAAACUCCACCAGUGCAUGGCUGGUGGAGUUCUACGCCAGUUGGUGCGGCUACUGCCAACGGUUCGCGCCCCCGUGGAAGAAAUUCGCCACGGAGACGGCCCCCUGGAGGGACAUGGUGAGAGUAGGAGUCUUGGAGUGCUCGGACGAGAUCAACACACCGAUUUGUCGCGAGUUUGGGAUUGUUAAAUACCCAACUGUGCGGUAUUUCCACGAGAAUUACCACUUCGGGGGUGGUGAUUUUGGGGUGGUGGUGCCUCGCGAGUUUCCGGUGACUGUGGACGCGAUCAAGAAGAACGUCAUUGAGAGGUUUAUGACGGAGUUGAGUGAAGGACGAGGAGUUUACCCCAACUUGCUCCCUUAUCUUCACUCAAACCUUGAGCCGUUUUUUGACGAAGAAAAUGACGAUAUUUUUUACGGGUUUUUGGUAAUUGAAGAAGAUAAUUACUUAGGGGGGGAGGUGGCUUUAGAUCUCCACAAAACUCCCAAUAUUACCAUCAGACACGCUCUUUAUAAUAACACAAAUUUGGUGAAAAACCUCAAAAUUGAGAAAUUCCCGACUCUUGUCAUCAUCGAUCGUAACAACAACUCACAAAUCAUCACCGAAAAUAUUGAACACAAGAAGGAGCUAAAAUCAACAAUUGUCAAUUUUUUGGAGAAAGAGGGCGUGAAAAUUAUUGAAUACACCCCUGAUAAAAAGGGUCAUUUGUCGCAAGACCCCGACCCUAAGCAACACUCAAGAGCCCUUUUGCGUCAAAAAAUCAAGAAAAUGGGCGACGCAGUGUUUCAGAUGGACCUGGAAACGGCCCUUCGCUACGCCCUUGAGCGUGAAGUCGCGACUUCUAGGGUGAUCAAAGGUGAUCAAUUGGUAGCCUUGAAGGCGUUUCUAUCCGUGAUCAAGAAAUACUUCCCUUUUGGUUACAACUCAACUUCUUUCAUCACCGAUUUGACGAAUCUCACGUCUUCGGACGAAGUCCAAGGAGUUCAAAUCCAAGUCCUGGUAAAGCAAGCGGAGGAAAACGGGAUGUUUUCCACCCCUCAACGCUUCCUUGGGUGUCAAGGGAGUGCUAACCGCUUCCGGGGGUAUCCUUGCAGUCUUUGGCGGUUGUUUCACUACCUCACCGUCAAUUCAGUCCUUUUGAAUGUCAGUAACCGGAAGGCUAAUCCGGUGGAAGUCCUAAGUUCCAUGCAUGGUUACAUUAAGCAUUUCUUCAGUUGUAGCCAUUGUAGUGAACAUUUCCAGAAAAUGGCCGCUGAGAGGAACUUAACAAGUGUUUCUUCGCUGGAGGAAUCUGUUUUGUGGCUUUGGGAGGCUCAUAAUGUGGUCAAUAAACGGUUGAAAGGUGACACCACUGAAGAUCCGGAGUAUCCCAAAGAACAGUUUCCGACGAGGGUGAGGUGUCCGGAGUGUUACCAGGAGGACGGAUCGUGGAAGAAGAAAGAGGUCUUCAAGUAUUUGAAGAGAAUGUAUGGGAGAUACAGUGUUAGAUAUGUCGGGUCGGAUACCAAGGUUUUGUUUCCGGGACUUGAUAGAUGAUUUUGUUGUUUAUAUUUGGAGCGAAUUGUAAUAAUUUCUUUCUUUGUUUUAAAAGAAUUGUAAAUAAUAAUUAUGUAAGAAGUUUAACACAAUAAAAUUUUUAAGACUGUUA